AUGGAACGACGUAAAUCGAAUCGUCAUUCAUAUAUCAAACUAGUGGCCGCCACUAAGGAUACUACUACGCGUUCGGCACAAAUAGCGGUCGGCGGUACAACAUUACGACGUUCACGUUCUAUGCGCGAUUCGAUACGUAAACUUCGUGUUCGCCUCAAUAGUCAUCAUCAUUCGGUUGUGGCCAAUUCACCGUUCAAAUUCAAUUUUGCCGUCCAUAAUCGUGAAAGACAUUAUGAAAAAUUUACCGAAUUUUCCGAAUCGGAUAUUGAGCUGGAUUCGAAGGAAAUCGAAACGCCAAUAUUGAAACGUAAAGAGAAAUAUUCGAAGGCAACGAAAACGACAGAUAUGGAUUUAAUGAUGUCGUGCGGUGAUACAAUUGAGGAUUUAAUGUCGAAUCUGCCGGUACCGCGUAAGGCAUGCAAACUAUUACAAAUACCCGAAACCUAUUGUGCAAAAUAUCUACAAGAACAACAACAACAACAGCAGCAAUAUCUACGUAAAUGUGCAAAUAACAAAGAUUGUGAAAAUUAUCACGAAAUCGAGGAUAUCUAUUCGACGAACUCUGAAAUCUUGUCCCACAAUCGUAAAAAUCAAAUUUACGAUGAUUUAACGAAAAGUUUAAGCCAUGGAAUUUACGGUACAACCCGACAUCGUACGGCAACAAUACGUAAACCCAUGCCAUACCUGAAUAAUAAUGUACUGCCACCCUGUAAUUUAAGUCCCACAAAAAGUGCAACAUUGCGAUCAGAUCGCUCAUCAACCAAUAGUAGCAAUUCACUUCAAUACAACAACAACAACCACAAUCAUCAUCACCACAAUAAUAUUAGUCACAGUACCGAUGAUGAAGAGGGAUUUGUGAUAUUACGUCGACGGCCGCCAUCAUCGGCAUCCACAUCAUUAUCAUCGGUAUCGACAAUAACAGCCACAGCAUCGGUGACACAAAACGCUUUAGAUUAUCAUCCAGAGGCUGAAAGGCUUUUGUUGGCGGCUGAGUCUGGAGCAGCACAACAGCAAUCAUCCGGCACGCCAGCACAAUCACAUUAUCAUUCAAAUAUCCCGCAUCAUCAUCAGUUGCAAUCAGAAUAUUUAGUGCAACACCCACAACAGCGAGCACAAGAAUAUUGUGAGAAUUCGACUGCAGUGCCAUUCCGUUGGUCGGACCAAUUGCCACCACAGAAUGUGGUAUCUGUAGCCAAGAUACGUUCAUCGGUCUCUUGUACUAGCCAAGAUCUUAAAGAAAUGGAAUAUUUAUUACCACCACAGCCGCAACAACAACAACAACACCAUCAUUACAAUCAUCUUAAAUUAGCAACACCCUUGCCGUCAUCCUCAUCAUCGACGUUGUCGAUUUCAUCCUCCACAUCGUCGUUAUCAUCGACAAAUAGUGGUAAAAUGUUGGCUGAAAUCUCGGCAAUGUCCUCAUCUACCACGACGACGACGACACCACCGGGUAGCAACAAUCACAAUGGUGCUAGCAAUUUAAGUAUUUCACGUCACUCGCAAAACGGUCACAAAAAUCUACAAAAACUACAACAGCAACAACAUUCAUCAACACAUCACAAUCACCAACAACAACAACACCAUCAUCAUCCUCAUCAACAUCCUUCACUGCUACACCAUCAUUCACAGCAACAACAACAGCAACCUCCUCAGAAACAGCAAUCAAUGAAAAUCACCGCCACAAAUGGUCGAACGACAGGUGGCCGCGGCAGUGGCAGCGGUGGUAGCACUCCACCCUAUGUAGAUGAAAAUAAUGCAGACAAUCAUCAAAACCUGGCCAUAUAUCGUUUACCGGCCAGCAAUCGCACCCACUCGACGAAUAGCAAUAAGGGUGGCAAUACACCACACCGUUCGAAAAUGUCGAAAAAACAAUUGAAAUUGGCCCAGGCCCAAUUGGACAAGUUAACACAAUGUAAUCUACAUUUACACGCUCUUUUCUCGGCCGUCGAACAUGGUCAUUUGGAUAAGGCUCGUACAAUAUUGGAAUCGACAGAUGUUGAUGUCAACAGUAUUAACACCGAUGGCCUAUCACCUUUGGAUGUGGCCGUGCUGAGCAAUAAUCGAUCAAUGACUAAAAUGUUAUUACAACAUGGCGCCUUGGAGGGAUCACAGUUCUCCGUUGAUAGCAUUGGCACCAAAUUAAAUGGCCUACUGAAAGAUGCCGAAAUCCGCAUACACGAUUUAAGCGGCUUGGAGGGAACAUGUCAGCCAUCGUUUUCAACCCGACCCUCUAUCUCAAGCAUUAUUAUCGGUAAUACUGGUUCCUCGGUUACUGGCUGUACCGGCAAUGAGGUCGAUAAGCAAAUUGGCAUUUGGGAAAGACGUGUCAAAGGUUUACGUCGUUUGCUACUGGGCUGGGAUCAGGCACGGCCACCAGAUGCCCCAGCAUCGGUUACAGUUGAUGUUACGGGUGAAAAUUCGAUACAAGUGCAAAUACUGGAACCAUUCGAUGGAGCAAUUGGUACUAAAUUUAAAGUGCAAUGGUCAACUCGUGCAGAUUUCAGUAAUGUUGUGGGCGAACGUGAACUUAUGGACUGGCGUAGCUUUCACGGUACCAUGGGUACACAGUGUCAGAUUGCGGGCUUGACACAGGGUCGACGCUAUUUCAUACGCGCGGCCAGUGGCAAUGUUAAAGGAUGGGGACCAUAUAAGUGUUCGGUGCCAGCCAGUGUUAUACCGUCAAGCUGGCGUGAUUUAAAUAAUCGUGAAGAUCGUUAUACGGGUCGCCAGCGUAUGCUAGACAAUCUAUUUACCGCUGUCCGCUUGGCCCGUCCAUCCGAUGUCUCCGAAUUGACUUUGGACACCAAUAGCCAGCAACGGAAAAAUCCCAAAAAGAAGACCACCAUUAAACAGUUGUUUUCGGUGGCAUCGAAAUUCCAGAAACAUUUGAGAAGGGGUAUUUAUUUGGCCAGUAUUGUUUAUUGUGAAGAUAAAAUAUUGGUAACUAGUGAAGACUUCCUACCGGUUAUCGAAAUCGAUGAAUCAUUUCCGAGCACCUUGAACAGUGAUUAUCAUUGGCUAAUGAAGGUCGCCUGCACUUGGGAUGAUGUGAAAUCCUUACGCACCGAUAUGGAACGUAAUCUUACCUCCGCCAAUCAUUUUCGUACAAAACUCCUCUCCGCUGUUUGUCAAAUGCAAUCGGCGUUGGGUUUCAAUGAUCUCGGUCAGUUGUAUUACAAACCGUUGAAAGAUGCCCACGGCACAGUGGUCUUGACCUCCAUCCAAUCGGUGAAAAGUCAAAAACAAGUAUCCAUCUUAAAUUCGCGUUGGUUACCCGUGAAUAAAUUACAAAAGAAAAUCGGUGCCAUACACGAAGAAUAUAAUAUCAAUGAAAUUCUAAUUUCAUCCCUAGCCGAUCAGGUUCAAUAUCAUCAGAUGGCUCAUCAACGUUUAAGUCCUGGCCUCUAUUUGGGGUAUCUGAAAAUGCAAUGUUCUAUGGAUCAGAUACAGGUGGUAGUGCCGGCUAAGACACCAAAUGUCCUGCCGCAUUGUAAGGUACGUGACAAUAGUCAUAUAUCCGCUGAGGAAUGGCAGGUACUGAAACGUGGCGGUAGCAAUCAGGAGGGUAAGCCGGAGGAUGGCCGCCGUAGCAGUAGUCCUAUGCGUUUGGCUUUGGAAUUCAAUGCGAAUCCGGAAGCCACAACUGAAGUUCAACGGUUGUUCCUAUACGAUUUGACGGCGGCCACGAAUAAACUGUUUUCCUAUAUGAACAUUAAGCCCCAGGAUACAGCCACCCAUCGCCUAUAUGAUGUGGAGGUUAUUGAACACAGUCGGGAUAUCAGUUUCUUGAUAAUAUGUCCCUCGGUGGAGUUGAGUUGUGCGGUACCCGGGCAAUCGGAACUAUUGCUGCAACGUGAAGAUCUGGCCUGCCUAAGUAUACAGGCAUUUGAAAUGAUUCAUUUGUCAACCUACCAACCGGGUAUAAUACAAAAAUAUGCAAGGUUAUCGUGUAUCCUGGAAUUGGAUACCACCUUGGCGAAUCAUUCCCAGCGGGAGGCAUUCUCCACAAGUGAAUUGCAAACGGCCAAGGAACGUUUGGCCAAAUUACAGGAAUUGACAGCAAGCCUGAAUGCCGUCUGGAAGGCAGUACGUUGGCUAAUGGAUGUUAUUGCAUUUGCCCGCGAUAAAAAUGCCCCACCCUCGGCGGCUAUGAAAGAGAUUUUGGAUUUCGCCCAAAAUUCCGAACAAAAUCCCAAUGCCAACAACGCCCAGCUGCUGCAACCACCCAUGCGUGGAGAUAUGAAAUUUACAAAAUCCGGUUCGGGACGUGGCAGCUGGCCUGGCCCAGGCUCAAGCCACAGUAGUUCUAAUUUGGGACCAGAACAUUCAAAGUCGGAACAAAAUCUCGGCUUAUCCGCAGCCACAACACCAACCGGAGCCGCUACUUCGUCGAUGGGCAAUCAAAAAUCAAAUCAACCCAACAGUCUAACCACAUCGUGUACCCUGACCACACCCACCACAACCACCAGCUUUUUACAGGUCCAAAAUGAGGGUAUGUCCACCGAGGUACCCUCGUUGAGGAAAAAUUCCGGUGAUUCAGUAACCUCCCAUUGUACCACCCACAGUUAUUAUUCGGCCAAUGAUUCGGUGAUCACAAGUAACAGUGACUUCGGCCAGGUCUUCAGUGUACCACCCUCACGAUCGGAUGAUACGCUAAGUGAAACAGCCAAACAAAAUCAAAAACAAAUUCAGGGUCUACAACGUAAGCGGACGUCGUCAAAUAUAACACCGACCUCAACGACACCGGUGACACCCAUGAUAACGGUACACUCUUCCAGUUCGGCGCCCUAUUUGGUGACGGACCCAGCCGCCCUAGGUUCCAGUCAAUCGUUGAAGGUCAACUACAAUGGCGAAUAUGAAUGCAAACAGAUAAAGACCGCCGAAAAAGUGAAAUCAGCCUCCAGUGCUAAUUUACGUGACAACGGUUUGUACCUGAAAUCCACACUGAGUGCCCUGCAAUCGGAUAUCAAGACCUCAACAUCAUCAAGUUUGGAUGAGAAUAUGACGUCGCUGGCGAAACCCUCAACCAGCCGACAUAUACAAAGGCUCAACAGUACGGAAGAAUAUACGGCCAGUAGUUGUCCCACCUUGGUGUCAGAGAAUCAAUCGGAAAAUACACCAUCGGGUAUAAUACAGGUUUAUACAGCCUAUAAUACUGGUUUGGCAUCGGGUACAAGUUUGAAACUGCAUGUCACCGCUAAGACCUCAGCAAGGGAGGUUAUAAAUUUGGUCGUCAAACAAUUGAAUAUGGCCGCUGUCCUGAAGGGCAGCAAUGGUCCGAUAUAUUCAAAUGAAGCUUUGGAUAAUUUUUGUUUGGUGGCAGUUAUUGGAGCACGUGAACGAUGUUUGCGGGAUGAUUUUAAGCCGCUGCUUUUGCAGAAUCCAUGGAAAAAGGGGAGGUUGUAUGUGAGACAGAAACAUGAACUAUUGGCAGCCAUUGAACAUUCUAAUCGGAAGUCACAUUUGAUUUAAGG